UUUGCCAAAACAAAUCAAAUACCUAUGUUUAAAAAUUUGGCAGGGUGAUGAGUUCCUUGGUCCGCUCCCCAUGGCGUCAACUCUCGUUCAGAACCCUAAGCCUCUUCUCGGACUCAUCAUCCUUUCUUCCAUCCCUGGCCGAUGCCACGGAGCCACCCUCUUCCUUGGAUCCCUUCUUCGAUCUCCUGACGCGGAAGCAGCUUGCAGAAGAUAGGGUAAUCGCUUACCUAUUGAAGUAUCAACACAAACCCUCCACGGCGUUGGGCUUCUUCAAAAGGAUUCAGCUUCGGGAAUUAGAUAGCCUCGCAUUGAACUCCUUCUGCGUCCUUCUACACAUCCUUGUUCGCUCCGGCAAUAACCGCAGCGCGAAUGAGCUGCUUUGGAAGUCACUCUCAGCCUUUUCCACCCCUAGCCCUUCUGCGGUAGUGGCCGCCCUUAUCGAUGUUUCCAAAAGGCAUGUUUCUGAACCUCGCAGCUUUGAUAUCCUGCUAUUCUUCUAUGUCCAUGCAGGGAGGGUGAACGAUGCCGUGGAAGCGUUUAGCCAAAUGGUUCAUGAUGGGAUCUUUCCAGGGGUUAAGGCUAGAAAUGAUCUGUUGGCCGCUUUAGUGCGGCUUAAUUAUUUUUCCAGAGCUCGUAAUUUUUAUCAGGAGAUGUUAGCUCUCGAAAUGGAGUUUGAUUGUUGUACUUUUGACAUCAUGAUGCAAGCUUGCAUAAAAGAAGGGAAGCCAGAUGAGGCUGAGGCAUACUUCCGGGAUAUGUUUGACAGGAGUUUGAAGGCUGAUGCACGUGCUUAUACCAAGAUCAUACAGGCAGUUUGUAAAAAAUCCCAUUCAAAGAGGGCAUGCGAGCUCAUGAGUGAGAUGAAAUUGAAGGGUUUUGUUCCUUCUGAAUUUGUGUAUAUCACUGUGAUUGGAGCUUGUGUGAAGGAUGGGAACAUGGUGGAUGCAUUAAGAUUAAAAGAUGAGAUGCUUAGUGCUGGCCUGCCUUGGAAUAUAAUUGUUGCUACUAGUCUGAUGAGGGGAUUCUGUGUUCAAGGAGAUUUAGACAGUGGCCUUAGUUUGCUUUUGACUAUUCGUGAAGAGGGGAUUGACCCUAAUAAUGUCACUUAUGCAACUCUGAUUGAGGGCUGUUUUAAAAGUGGAAAACUUGAGAAGGCAUAUGAACUUUACUGUGAUAUGAAGCAGAUGGGUAAUGUUCCUAAUGUUUUCAUCACAAAUUCUUUGUUACAAGGCUUCUUAAAAAGUGGUAAAUCUAAGGAGGCGUUGUGUUUAUUUGAUGAGGCAGUUGCUGCAGGUAUAGCAAAUGUGUUCACUUAUAAUGAUCUUAUUCACUGGUUAUCUCAGUCUGGUAGGGUUCACGAAGCUUGUGCUCUCUGGGUUAAGAUGGAGGACAGAGGGGUGGAGCCUACUGUUGUUUCUUACAAUAAUCUACUUCUUGGUCAUUGCAAACAACGGGAUAUGGUUUCAGCAGCUAAGUUGUUUACCCAAAUGCUUGAGAAAGGUAUCAAACAUAAUGUCAGAACUUACACAAUUUUAAUCGAUGGGUAUAUGAAAAAAGAGGAAUUUGCUAGGGCCUUUGAUCUCUUAAACAAAAUGCAUGAGGCUGGCAUUGCUUGUAAUGAUCAUACCUACCAUGCAUUUAUAGAUGGCCUCUGCAAAGCUGGUCAAAUGUCUGAAGCAUUUGAAUUGCUGCGCAAGUUUAGGGGGGAGGGGUUCAUCCCUACCGGCAGAACCUACAAUUGUAUCAUUGAUGGGUUUUGCAGAAGAGGCAUGAUGAAUAUUGCAGCAUCAUUUUUUCAUAAAAUGUUUGCUGAUGGCAUUCCUCCUAAUGUUAUUACCUACACUUGUCUAAUAGAUGGGUACUGCAAAAGUGGUUGCACUGAUGUUGCCCAGAAGUUGUUGACUGAAAUGAGAAGAAAAAACCUUGAGUGUGAUAUUGCAGCCUACAAUGCUCUUAUUGCUGGUUUUUGUAAUGAGGGAAAUAUGGAACGUGCUCUCUCACUUCUUGAUGAGAUUUCAAAAACUGGCCUUGUACCAACUGCUGUCAUCUAUAAUUGCCUUAUGAAUGGUUAUAAAAAAUUGAACAAUUUGGAUGCUUCGUUCGGUUUGCUUAGGAGAAUGAAGGAAGAAGGAGUUGCAUGUGAUACAGCCACAUAUACAACCUUAAUUGAUUUCUCACUGAAAGCUGGUAAUCUACUUGUUGCAUCAAAUUUGUAUUCUGAGAUGUUAACAAGUGGUAAUGUCCCAGAUUCUGUCACUUUCACUGCAUUGACACAUGGUUUUUGUGAUCAAGGAGAUUUUGCAAAUGCUUACAAGAUAUUACACGAUAUGGAUAAGGAAGGUGUGCGACCUAAUGUUCUUGUCUACAACAUACUUAUCUCUCGAUAUUUUAGAGAAGGCAAUUUCCAAGAGGCCUUCAGAUUGCAUGAUGAAAUGCUUGAUAUCGGACUUGAGCCUGAUGAUAGAACAUACGAUAUUCUUGUAAGCCUAAAACUAGGAGGCGAACCAUUAGAAAAGGCUAACUCACAUUUUUAAUUAGUUGUCUCCUAGAGAUCUUUAUCAUGAAAGUUUCCCUUGUAUACAAAAUGACCGAGGUGUGGCGGGUUCCACUCUGAUUAGCAUUUUAUGUUGUACAUUAAGGUGUGAUGAUUUAAGACAUUUGGAGCAAGAAAACAAAAAGGAACGAAUUUGGAGCGAAAAGAGGCAAGUUAUACAAAUCUGCCUACUGGCGCUGACGACGCUCGAUCCAGUGCCGAGGACGCCCUAUCCAGCGCCGACGACGCCCUAUCCAGCGCCAAAGGCGUCCGAUGUCGGUUUGAGCCUGAAUUCAAUGUAUUUGGAUGGAUUUUGGAGGGUUGCUUGAGGAAUCUCUUGGGAAAUUUGUUCUAAACGAAUUUAAAGUGUUUUUGGCGCCCUAGUUUGGUGGUGUGAGUCUUGUGGGGAGUGUUUUGUCGUGUUUAGAGAGUGUUGUGAGAGUCUAGGGUUGGUGUGAGUCUUAUGAGGAGUGUUUUGUCUUGUCUGGAGAGUGUUGUGAGAGUCUUGUGAAGGAUUCCUCUUUAAGGAGUGUGGGAGGAGAAGGAGAGUGAGAGAUUGCUUCUUCCUUACUUAUCUAAAGAGGGAAUUGAGUGUUGUUGUAAAGAGAGAAGAUAAUUCACAGGAACUUCAUGGGAUUUGCUUG